AUGUACGAGUCUUUUGCACCGGAGGUGUUUAUCGACGAGAGCAAAACCACUACAUCAAGCAUAUUUCAGACAUCCCCAAAGUCUCCUGCCAAGGAUUUUCAAAACACCCAGCUUACUCCUGCUAUCACCGACACUCCUUUCAAACACGGUAGUUCCACAAAGUUCCCCUGGACAACCAAUGCAUGUUACCGGAAUCUCACAGUCAAUACCAUGGGCGCGGAGAUGAAAGACUAUUGUGUUGGCCCAAUGCCAGUCCAGGAAUUUCUCGAGGCGUUUCUACCGACUUCAAAGAUACCAGAUCUGCCCGCUUUAACCUUCAAGAGUGGCGCAUUUGAUAGCACAAUCUGUGUCAAAAAUGAGGUGCUGGCUUAUGAACCGUUUAUUGGCACUAUGAAAUCAUUUGCUCCCGCUCUAUCAUUUGUCAAUACUUCCAACCAUGCAGAUACAAGGGUUGCUAAAGCAUUUUCAUUCGGUAUCAAGCCGGACAUCAGCAUAUAUGCUGAUGGAACAUCACACGGCUGCGAUGUUUCUACCGCAGAGGUUCUUGUCGAAUUGAAGUGGGCUACUAUUCAUGAUGCCUUUCGCGAACCUCUUGACUCGAAGUCCUCCUGCGUCAACCCGACCAUGAAGGGCAUGGACACGUUAGGACAAAUCACGAGCUACGCUGCAGCCCAGCUGGGUGCUCAAUACCGUACCCAUGCUUUCUCGGUCCUGAUCAUACGCGAUUUCGCUCGCAUCAUCAGAUGGGACACGGAGGGAGCCAUUGUUACUUGCGCCUUCGAAUACAACAAAUAUCCACACCUAGCCGACUUCUUCCAUCGGUUUUCACAUGCAUCGCCUGCAUUGCGUGGCGUUGAUACAUCAGUGACGCCCGCUAGCGCCGAGGAGGCCAUUCGUGCACGGUUGAAGUUAAGCCUUCAUCUUGACACGCGCAUGUUCAAGGUUACCAUCCCUGCUGCUGAGGGUGUUGGUUCAUACACGUUGAUCAUUCCUGCACCUGUUGCCCGUGGUCUUUCUCCUGUUGGCCAUAGGACGCGUACAUGUGCUGCAUUUGACCUUGUCAACGACAAGAUUGUCAUGUUCAAGGACUCUUGGCGGGUGUCAUUGCCCGAUAUCCUACCAGAGGGUCAAACUUACAAACUCUUGAAGGACGCCAAUGUUCGCAAUGUCGCAAAAUGCAUUGCAUGUCAUGAUGUACCAUCCCUCCCUCAGCAACUCACACAAACGUUCAAGUUCAACAAAGCCCCAUGGACGUGUUCUCAUAACCAUCUCACUCCACAUGUUCAUUACCGUCUGGUUCUCAAUCUUGUUGGCAAGCCGUUGAUACUCUUUAUGAGCUCUCGUGAAGUCGUCGAAGCUGUUCGUGAUUCACUUAUUGCCCAUGAGGACGCAUGUAUCAAGGCAGGCGUGUUACAUCGAGACCUCAGUGCUGGAAAUGUGGUCAUGCAUGAAGGCAUUGGCAUCCUCAUAGAUUGGGAUCUUGCAAAGUUACUCAGAAUUAAGGGUCCUCGACAAAUCACACGCACGUUUCCUGUCACCAAGGGAACUUGGCAAUUCAUGUCCACCAACCUUGUCGAAAACAAACAUGCCGCGCAUACCAUCGAAGAUGACCUCGAGUCCAGUUUUUACGUCGUUUUUUGGGUCGUCUUGAUGUACACGAAGAGUAAUUUGGAUACUCCCACUCGGUCGCUACUCAUGAAGCAGGUCUUCGAGGCUGAGGAGAUGCAAGGGACUGGAUCAAACUCAAAAUCGGCUUUCCUCAUCUCAAGACGACAAGUUGAUGGUGAUGUGUUUGUUGGGCGCAAAGCGCUUGACAAGCUUGUUCUUGUACUUGCCGAACUUUUCGCUCAUCGGUACAUUUUGGUCACCACUGAGCAUCAGGCUGCAUUCGACAAAACAUUUCCAUGCCUGGAGCCCGCAAAGGGGACUCCCACUCAUGCAAUUCUCCUCGUGAACUUGAAGGCAAAUACUGCUUACAAGAAGCAGGUAGCCAUGGAGACUUUGAAGUCACAUUCCAAGGUCAUCGCCAUCUAUGAUGAAUACCUCAAAUCGGAUGCUUGGCUCUCUCAUGAGGUUCCCACACUGCAACCUCUCGUUGAUGAUGAGAAACGCAAGCCACAAGAAUUCUUCACGAAGUCGCAGUACCCCUCCCAGGAAGAGACAGAGGUCAAACUCGGACUCAAGCUGAAGCCGGUGAUUGGGCAGCUUCGUCAUGACAAAUUUACGGGUAAUUUGGGUGACGUAUUUGAGAGAUUUGACGAAAUACCAAUAUGCAUAUUAGGGUCGCUAGCGAUGUGCUUUCCUGCCAAGCGAGUCUUUCCAUCAAUCUGA